AGGGAAACAUGGCAGAAUCCAUUGAUGACAAGCAGAAAAUAUCAGCGGCUCUCGCUGACGUUUUGAAUGCGAAACAGAGCCCUGAACACUUGCAGGUGUUGAAAACGUUUACAAGUGCGUUGAAAGAUGCGGAAUACAGGGAUGCCGUGGCGGAGGACGUUUUCUCUGAUCUCCUCAAGGUCCUCAUCAGGCUGCUUGAAGGCCUGCAGAGUGCGAGCGAAAGCGGCGAUGACGACGCGCGGCCCUCCGCCCUGCAGCUCCAGCUCACGGCCGAGUGCUUCAGGUCCCAGAGGAACUCCUGCGUUCAAAGCCCACGCAACCAGGAACUGCUCAGGGAGCUUGGAUUCAUUGGUAUAUCCCUUAAACUCCUAAGUUACCUUCAGACCCUAAAUUUGGAGACCAAAGAUGCCUUAUAUGAACCUCUUCGCUGUGGGAUCCAGUUUCUUGGAAACCUCGCUGUCGGAAACCAGAUGAGCAAGGAUGAAGUCUGGCGGCUCAGCUUCCCUGACAUCCUCCUGGAGCUGCUCUGUAUUGAUGAUGAGAAGGUGGUGAACUACACCUCUAUGGUUCUCCACACGUGUCUGGAUGAGGCCAAAGUGGAGGAUCUGUCAAAGCCGCAGAAUAUCAAGCUGGCUCUCAAAGUGAUGGAGCUGUGCAGGACCCAGCCUGACCUGGACUGGACUGUCCUGAUGGCAACUCAACAUUUUCUCAAAUCUUCAGCUCUGGUGGAAAGCAUGUAUUCUGGGAUGUCCCAUCAUGACAGAGUAACUCUCCUGGAGCUGCUGUUGGCCCAGUUAAGAGAAGAGGGUUCAGACGGCUGCGGCGUUCCCCCCAGUGUGGCCCAUUUCCUGGCCAGUUCCUUCCAGAAAGGUUGCGGGGCGGUUCUCACGCUCGCGACGGGUUCUGCUUCCAGCAACGAGGUCCUGCAGGAGGCGCUAACAGUGAUAAGUCUGCUGGACGUGCUGUGUGAGAUGACCUCAGACCACAAGCAGUUCAUGUUCCUGCAGGACCAUCCCGAUCUUCUAGAGACUACCGUUGAGCUCCUGGAGCAAGUGCAUGCUAUCGGGAAGGCCAGUAGGAAUAUUUUCAGCGCCACUCAGAACUUCUCCCCCUUUACCGGAGAGGAAGACCCGACCUCGGAUUCCCCGGUGGUCAGCUUUAAGGCCCACCUCAUCAGGCUCAUAGGAAACCUCUGCCACGGCAACACCAGCAACCAGAACAAGGUAAGGGAGCUGGAUGGCAUCCCGCUCAUCUUGGACAACUGCAACAUAGACAGCAACAACCCUUUUAUCAGCCAGUGGGGGAUCUUCGCCAUCAGAAACAUUCUGGAAAACAACCAGCAGAACCAGGAGCUGGUGGCUGCUCUGGAGAGGCGCGGCCCGGUGGACUACUCCGUGCUCAGGGAGCUGGGGUUCCUCAUUGAGGAGCGAGAUGGAAGCUUGCUGCUCAAAACUGUGAGGAAAGACUCCUAAAGAUGUCAGAAGAUGAAGGUUCUCUCCACCCAUCAGUGGGUUUGAAAGCAGAGCAGCUAAAGAAAUGUGCAUUUACCCAGUAGAGAUGCUUUUACUCGCAAUACUUAAAUCAGAAAAGUCUGUAGAAUGAACUUUUCUACCUCUCCAAAGUGAUUCCACAUAGACCAAAACCCUACGAGGUCUGCAUGCUAUAGACGCAGAUGUCAGGAGCUCCAAGUCUGGGGGAAUGAGGAGUCGGUGAGUGGCAGACACACGCUGGCACCUCUCGGAGACGUCGAUGUUUUGUGGUUUAAUCCAAAGACAAGAGCACCGCAGGGUCGAGGCUUUCUGGCUUUUCAAACACGGUUCAGGUUACCAGCAGGAGCUGGCGUUUAAUCUCAGGCCCAAACGUGGCUUUUGCCGUUACCAUGAAAGAGAAUGUCUUAAACGUGAGGUAAUCUACCCCCUCGCGGCCUCGCCUAAUUAAAAUAUCGUGGCCGCGGGAUGAAGCUCUGCUUAUUAAACCGCUUAAAAUAACUGCUUGUCCGACUAGACCUAUUAUUAGGAUUGUAGGGAGGAAACAUCUAAUCAAAGAAUAAAACUUGAAGCUGUGACUGAGGUGGGAAAUGCAUCUUAAUUGAAGACUUUUUUUCUUCCUCUUUUUUUCAGAAAUCAACCAAAAACAACAAAAAACAAAACAUAAGCAUAGCAACCUAUAACACCCUUAUUGGUUCUUGGCACCCGCAGUAAAAAUGUGUAAGAAGCUUAGAACUUCAUCUUUUACUGCAGCACCAUAUUCUCACUGAAAAAAAAUUUAAGUAAAAGUCCAUCCAGCUGACAGAAAAUGUUACAUGCAAGUGGAGUUUGAAUGCUGUGUUAAAAGUCUACCAGAUAUUUCACCCAAGUAGUCCUACAGUGCAAAAUCACAAAAUCUUGUCAAGUAUUUUUUGGUCUAGUUUCUGGUACAAAUAUCUUGUUACUACUUCUACUGGCAGAUUUGUUUUACUUAUGAGGAAAAUGUUGUGUCUUUAAGUUAAAUAAUCUCAGUGGAACCAUUUUUUUUUUUUUUUUAAACUUAAAACAAGCUUUAUGUCGCUGGAAAGUUAUGUGUAAGUUAGUUUUGUCUUAUUUCAAGUAUACUAAGGUAUUGGCACUAGAAACUAGACCAAAAAUACUUUGUAAGAUUUUGUGCUUUGGUAGUGUAUGCAAUUGUGUUUCAAUAUUUUGUCCAGCUCCCAAAAAGACUGUGACAAAGAAGACUGGUAGAUCUGUGAUGCUGUAGGCCUGUGAUUUAAAAAAAUAAAUACAUUGUUAAAAUUUUCCUAGGAAUCCUGUAUUGGCCCCUAGUCUUUGGAACAGCAGGCGAUUUUAAAUAACAAUGUGGUGGACUCUUAACUGCAAACUUAAAAAAGCAACCAUUAUUGGUUAAUUUUGUAGAGUAGGAAUCAAAAUCAUGCAGCCAAAUCAUCACAGAAACGAUUAACCAGACAAAAAUGUAUCUUCUGCUUCAACUAUCUAACCUGAAUUCAACAGAAAAGCUUUGGGGUGAACUGACGAGAACAAAUCCUAAAAGAGGACCCUAAAAUCAUAUGGUGUUUUCACACCUGAUGGACCAGUAGCUUUAGUUCAAUUGGAGACCAAAUUGUAACAUUUGUUGCAUUUUCAGCUGGUGUAGUUCGCUUUCACACUGUUCUGUGUCAAACAAUCCAAACUAAUUGAAAAACCUGUUUACUGCUUUCCUUGUGGUGGCGCUGCAACAAGAACCACUGGAGGAAACGACUCUGAACAAUACGCAGUGUAACUUCCUUCUUCACAAAAUGGAAACAAAAGGCAUUGGUGCUUGUAGGACUUCUCUUUUGUCUUUGGUAAACAACCAGGAGCCAUUUCUGUCGCCAGCUCGAGUCUCUCGCAUUUGUUUUGAUUUUAUUUGCCCUGCGCUAUAAUCCGCUUUGUGCUUUUGGAGCGGUCUCUGCAUUCAAACUGCAUCAGAGUUCACUUCGACCGAACCGAGACCUAGGUUCUUAGGUGGGCUAGAGUUCGCUUUUUUGGUUCGGAUCAGAGUUUGAUUGCGCAUUCACACCUCCUCAAAUUAACCGAACCUUCUUGCGCAAAUGGACUAAAGUUUGACUAAAACAUAAUUGGUGUGAACGCACUCUCAAACUUAUCUCCAGUAAUUAUGCACGGAGGUUCAAUAAGUUAUUGCCCUUUUUUUCCUUUUUCAGUGUGAGCUUGUGCAACUGCAAGACAAGAUGACAAUUUUAGAUCAUUGUUAAACCUCGUUAGCAGUGGUUCCAGUAAUUGUCAUUUUCUAAACUACUGUUGUCUUUUCUGAAGCUUUUGUUUUGUGUUUUAAGUAUUCAAGAUUUCUGUUUUGCACAUCUGAGAAAACAUCUGUCCAUAUGCAUGCUUUAAAGAUGUAUAUAAAAAACAAAAUUGCCUAACAUGAGUUAAUGAUUCUACUCAUCUGCACUUCUACUAGCUUUGGCACUGAAGGGUUUAUUCCUCGAUAGUGGGGAUUUCCACUACAUCUUCCAUGUAUAAUAAACUGAUGGCAUGCAUCAUAAAUCAUUAACCAUCUCAUUAAAAUAAAAUCUAAACAGCC